AUGGCUCACUCCCCGGUGCAGCCGGGCCUGCCGGGCAUGCAGAACCUAAAAGCAGAUCCAGAAGAGCUUUUUACAAAGCUAGAGAAAAUUGGAAAGGGCUCUUUCGGUGAGGUGUUCAAAGGCAUUGACAAUCGGACUCAGAAAGUGGUUGCCAUAAAAAUCAUUGAUCUGGAAGAAGCUGAAGAUGAGAUAGAGGACAUUCAACAGGAAAUCACAGUGCUGAGUCAGUGUGACAGUCCAUAUGUAACCAAAUAUUAUGGAUCCUAUCUGAAGGAUACUAAGUUGUGGAUAAUAAUGGAAUAUCUCGGUGGAGGCUCCGCACUAGAUCUUUUAGAACCUGGGCCUUUAGAUGAAACUCAGAUUGCUACUAUAUUAAGAGAAAUAUUGAAAGGACUUGAUUAUUUGCAUUCAGAGAAGAAAAUUCACCGAGACAUUAAAGCUGCCAAUGUUCUGCUCUCUGAACACGGAGAGGUGAAGCUGGCUGAUUUUGGAGUGGCAGGCCAGCUGACGGAUACCCAGAUAAAAAGAAAUACCUUCGUGGGCACCCCUUUCUGGAUGGCACCUGAAGUCAUCAAACAGUCAGCCUACGACUCAAAGGCGGAUAUCUGGUCCCUGGGCAUCACAGCCAUAGAGCUUGCAAAAGGGGAACCGCCUCAUUCCGAGCUGCACCCCAUGAAGGUUUUAUUCCUCAUUCCAAAGAACAACCCUCCGACGCUGGAAGGAAACUACAGCAAGCCCCUCAAGGAGUUUGUGGAGGCCUGUUUGAACAAGGAGCCGAGCUUUAGACCCACUGCAAAGGAGUUACUGAAACACAAGUUUAUAAUACGCAAUGCGAAGAAAACAUCAUACCUGACGGAGCUAAUCGACAGGUACAAGCGGUGGAAGGCGGAGCAGAGCCAUGAAGACUCCAGCUCAGAAGACUCUGACACGGAAACGGACACGGAUGGUCAAGCAUCUGGAGGCAGCGACUCUAGCGACUGGAUCUUCACGAUCCGAGAGAAAGAUCCAAAGAGUCUUGAGAAUGGAACUCUUCAGCCAUCGGAUUUUGACAGAAAUAAGAUGAAAGACAUCCCAAAGAGGCCUUUCUCUCAGUGUUUAUCUACAAUUAUUUCUCCUCUAUUUGCAGAGCUGAAGGAGAAGAGCCAGGCAUGUGGUGGUAACAUGGGGUCCAUAGAAGAACUGCGAGGGGCCAUCUACCUGGCGGAAGAGGCCUGCCCCGGGAUCUCGGACACCAUGGUGGCCCAGCUUGUGCAGCGGCUCCAGAGAUACUCGCUAAGUGGUGGAGGAACUUCGUCCCACUGA